AAGCACUUCCUCAGCUUUCAUACGCUUCCGCCACUACACCCUCAAACACAAAGGCUUGUGAUCCCUGUCUACUCUUCACGUUCGGCUUGGGUUCAGAAGGCUUGUAGGCUUCUUAGAAGGGUCAUUCAACCACAGCGAGCUCAAACCAGACGCAGCGUCCAAAUCCAGCACUUCCUUCCUCCCCGCUCUGCCUCCUGCUGCAAAAGGGUCUCCAAAGCAGACACUGCAUUUAUCGACAGCUAAUUAUGGGCUCCAUCUCGAUCCGCCGCUCGAUCCAGUGGCUCCCCGAUGACCCGGCCCCCGUAGAGCCAACCUCCACCGUCGUCCUGACCUCGCCCGGGAGGCGGUUCGUGGACAUCCGGAUCCUGCUGCCCAAAGGUAGUGAGAGUGUCGAUAGCGCAGGGCGGCCUGGUGGGAAGGAAAGUGAGAUGGCGGCGGCACACCGGGACUUUGGCACAAUCACCUACUCCUCCUUGGACUGGGCGUUCGCGGGCACCUCCGAGUCCCAGCCCGUCCCUGCCCGCCCAGACGGCAAGGGCCCCACGACACACUCCAAGUGGCACCACCUCGUGACCGACCGCGCCGCGGUCAUCACGCCGGGCCAGUUCACCGACGAGGGGGACAUGUACCCGCAGCCGGACGGCAGUGUGCUGGAAAAGGGCCGCAUGACGAACCCGAUGACGGGGCGGGAGACGGACUACGAGGAGGUCUGGGUGGACGGGGAGCCAGGGGUCAUCCCUGCUUCUUCUUCUCCUGGAGGGACUUCUGGGGAUGACAAAGGGAGGGCAAGCAGGACGACGUGUGUCGUCCUCGAGGCGCGGGAUGGGCAGGACGAGGAGACGGUCGUGGGGAUGGUUGUGUGCCUGGGCAAGUUCUGCCAGGGCGUGGUCCGGCGGGGGAAGCGUUUCGGACUCGAACGGUGGUCGUUCAAUGAUGAGAACGGGGACGGGGAGUGGCAGCGGCGGGCCGAGAUGCUUUCGGGUCUGUGGACGCCGGCGGGGGAGGUCGUCCAGGACCCGAGCCGGUAUUCUGUGGGAGAUGUGACCAAGGGUGCCGAUGAUGGGUAUAGCUGGGUUGUGGUUGAGGCUUCGUAGUCUGACAGAGGGGGUAGUGACUGUCUCGUAUAGUUGAUGGCGCGUUCCAAUCAUUAGGAAAGUUGCGGGUGGCAACGGCAUUUGUACUGGCCCAGGACCUUGCAGUCACCGUAACUUGCAAAUGGACGAUAG